AUGGCUUCGCUGGCCAAUAGUCGCCGGGUCCGCCGGCUGUCCUCGUUGGGCCACGUCGCGGUGGUCGUGGACCAGGGUUCCGGCUUCACCAAGGCGGGCUUCGCGGGAGAGGAGCAGCCACGCCUGGUACUCAAGAGCUCCAGCCUGGUGCCCAGCUGGGACCGGCCGGUGCUGCCCGGCGCGCCGGGCUGUGAGCUGGCAGGCGGCGUGGCGCGGGCACACCCCAUCAAGCACGGCGUGGUGGUGGACUGGGAAGCGCUGGAGGGGCUGUGGGAGCGCCUGCUGGUGGGCGGCCUGCGGGUGUGCCCGGAGGAGUGGCCCGUGCUCGUCAGCGACUCCCCGUCGGCGCCGCCCGUGGGCCGCGAAAGGGUGGCCGAGCUGCUGUUCGAGGCCCUGGCAGUGCCCGCGUGCCACCUGGCCAGCACCGCCUUGUUGGCGCUCUGCUCCGUGGGCGCGUUCAGCGGGCUGGCCUUGGAGGCGGGCGCAGGCGUGUGCCACGCCACGCCCGUCUAUGCGGGCCACUCGUGGCACAAGGCCACCUUCCGGCUGGAUGUGGCUGGCAGCACCCUGUCGCGCUACCUGCGGGACCUGCUGGUGGCAGCAGGCCCUGAUCACCGACUGCAGGCCCUGCCCCACAAGGUCAUCACACAGCUCAAGAAGCGCUGCUGCUACGUGUCGCUAGACUUCGAGGGUGACCUCUGUAAUCCUGCCCGCCAGCACCCAGUCAGUUUCUACUUAGGCAGUGGGUGCUCUGUCUGCCUUGGCAGCGAGCGCUUCUGCUGCCCAGAACCCCUCUUCCAGCCGGGUCUGCUAGGCCAGGCUGAGCCGGGACUGCCCAUCCUGGCCUUCCGGGCACUGCAGAGGGUGCCCGCGACACUACGGACACGGCUGGCCAACACCGUGGUGCUGGCCGGUGGCUCCACGCUUUUCCCUGGCUUCCCUGAGCGCCUGGAGCUGGAGCUGGAGGCCCAAUGCCGUGGGACACUGCAGCCGCGCCUGGUGGCCAAGCCUGGGCGCGGGACAGCGGUGUGGACGGGCGGCUCCAUGGUCGCCUCGCUGCGCACCUUCCAGUGCCCCUGGAUGACCCGGGCCAUGUACCAGGAAUGUGGCUCCAGGCUGGUGCACGAAGUGUUCCACUGA